AUGCUGGCUUUAGGCGUGAUCCAGCCGUCCGCCAGUCCCUGGGCCUCACCCGUGGUGCUGGUCCCCAAGAAGGACGGGUCGAUCCGGUUCUGUGUGGACUAUCGGAAGCUCAAUGCCAUUACCGUGUCCGACGCCUACCCCAUGCCCAGGACUGAUGAAAUCUUAGACAAGUUGGGGGGUGCCCGGUACCUCACUACCCUGGAUCUUACCAAAGGCUACUGGCAGGUGCCUUUGGACCCGGAGGCCAGGGCGAAGUCCGCCUUCACCACACCAAUAGGGCUCUUGGAGUUCCUGGUCCUGCCUUUCGGCCUCAAGAGGGCACCUGCCACCUUCCAGCGCCUGGUGGAUCAGUUACUAAGGGGGAUGGAGGGCUUUGCACUAGCGUAUAUUGACGAUAUCUGUGUCUUUAGCCAGACCUGGGAGGAACAUGUGGCCCAGGUGAAGAGGGUGCUGGGUCGCCUCCAGGAUGCAGGACUGACCAUAAAAGCUGAAAAGUGCAAGCUGAUCCCUGGACUGGGCAGCUCCCAUGUGGGGCUGGGAGACUCAGUGGAGCUCAACACCGGGGCAUUGGUGACAGCGCUGAGGGGCCCCCACUGCCCCAUCAUGGCGUCUGCUCUCACCGUCCUCCUCCUCGGGUGUGAAUUUCUCAAACCCACCAUCUGGGUGAGCCCCAGUAGGGUGGUGGCGCUUGGGGGAAGCGUCACCAUCCGCUGUGAGGGUCAGCAACGGUCCAUGGAGUUCUUUCUGCGUAAACCUGGACACCCGAACCGGCAGGUGCGGAUGGUGCCUGAUGGGACCGUGGCUGAAUUUCCCAUCACCAGUGUUGGCCAGGAAGAUGGAGGGAGCUACACCUGCGACUAUCGCUCCAUAGCGGAUCAGAAUCGCUGGUCGUAUCCCAGCGACCCUGUCGACAUGAUUGUGGGAGCCCAGGGUUCAGAGGAAACUCUGGCCCCUGUGGAAAGGCAUCCAGGAGCCCGUCCCCAGGGCCUGACCCACCACUGA